UCGUCAGCAACACAACUCUCACAGUGUUGUACAUAGCAACAUGUCUGUAUACUGUACAGUGUCUUAACAUUCACAAUGGAGUGUGACAAAAUUGUUCAGAAUCGGGCAGAACUGUUUUUGUUCUGACUUUUCCCCCCUCCUCUUCAUUCUUACCAUCUGGCUGUGUGUAAAGUGGUCAUAACACCAUGUAAUGACAGUAGUAAAUAAGACAGGACAAGCAGGUCGGUGACCAGGAUAGAUUACGGAAUAUAUUGCAUGGAGUUUUGAACAAACCUCAUGUCAUCAAUUCAACUAGGAUACAGUAGCAGUAUGUGAGGUGAUUCUACAGCAGGAUGGUGACAUACAUCAUGUGGUGUGUAUUUGCAUGGACCUUCAAGGGUCUGUUAUGCACCUGCAGGUUCUUUUGGGUGAGCCCAUACUACUCAAUCAAAUAUAUUCCCAAUGAGCCUCACAGAACAGGGAAUGGCCACAACCAUCAAGAGCAACAAAUCACAGGGUCAGACAGUCAGAAAACAUCACAAAGUAAUGACUGUGCCAGUGCCAUGCAGUGGAGACUGUCCAAAGCUGAAAAGGAAAUCAAGGCCCUCAAGUCUCAGAUCCUCUCUGAGAGAUCAACAUGGGAGAGGAAGUUUGAGGAACUGCAGAGAAAGCAGCAGGACCUACGCAGUCAGCUGAUGUCUGAGAGUGUAUCCAGGCCUGGGUUCUUAUGCAGCUUACAGGAAAUGGGUGAGUCGGAAGUGGACAACAGGCAUCUAUGUGAUGAAAAGAACCAGGACAGCUCAGACUGCUUGAGCCAGUCCAACCAAAGCAGAUGCUCUGAGAGGAUGUCAUCUAAUAGUGACACAUGCCAAAGGAGCUUGUCUGGCAGCCAGGUGUCGCUGAACUCCGUAUUUGGAUCUCGACCAAUUUCUGCUCUGUCGUCAGCCACCAGCGUGGGCUCCUGGAGGAGUUACUCUGGUCCACACCGGGCCUUUGUGCCUCACUCCCCCCUGGAUCUUCAAGUGGGACAUCGUGUUCGGAUUCUGCUGCCCUCAGGACGGAUCAGCACAGGCGCAAUUCGUUUCCUGGGCUACCUGGAGGGGGAGAAAGACAUCCACAUGGGAGUGGAGUUGGAAACACCUGACCACGGGCAGUCAGAUGGGACACAUAGAGGACUGUGCUACUUUGAAUGCCAGGCAGGGCACGGUGCCUUCGUGCCAUUCAGCAAGCUGCUAAUGGCUUGGGAGUGAUGACAUCAAGGUCUCACUAGUGGAGGACAGCAUCUGGAUGGAGCAUAUAAAUGGACUCUGUGACAUCCACCACCAAUGAUCUAUGACAGCAAACUACUGUAACAUGCACACAUUUACUGUAAAUACGGAUCUACUGUAGUUACAACCAAUAUGCUUCGAAGGUCACACUUCCUGUUUAGCUCAGUAAGUAGAGCAUGCCACUUAAAACACCUGGGUUGUGGGUUUGUUUGCCACUGUGCGCAAGAAUGACAAAAAGGUGUGCAAAUGUAGGAUCAAUUGUCAAACUACUUAAAUGAAAGUGGAAAAACACAAUAACUGUACAUAUGAUGAGAGUGAACAACAGUUAAACUAGUUAAAUGUCUGCAGAUUCAUGUCUUUACUUAAAUUAUUGUUUCUCAAUGUAAUCAGUGUAAUCUGAAUUUCAACUGCCCUGGGCCUUUAAAGUUCUCAUUAAUUACAUUUGUUAGAACUUGUGGUUGUGGCCUGAAGGUCUGUUUCUUUGUUUUUUAAAAGAAAAUGUCAUAGAAAUAUUGCAAUAAACAUUUUAAUCACGACUCAGCAAUCUAUUUUCCUGAAACACUCAGAAUGGCUACAAACACACACAGAACCACACAGUAUAUUGUAAAUGUAUAUCAGUUGACAGGUCAAUGCUAAUCAGUAAUUUACACAAAUGUGAAAUUAUGAUGCGAGGUUAACAUCUUUGGAUACAUAUUUCUUACAUAUAAUAAAUGUAUUCUGGGAAUAAAAAGAUAAAGGUGGAA